GAACAGCACCUUCAAAAACAUGCAGCGCAGGCACACAACCCUGAGGGAGAAGGGCCGCCGCCAAGCCAUCCGGGGUCCCGCCUACAUGUUCAACGAGAAGGGCACCAGCCUGACGCCAGAGGAGGAGCGCUUCCUGGACUCGGCUGAGUAUGGCAACAUCCCCGUGGUCAGGAAAAUGCUGGAGGAGUCUAAGACCCUUAACUUUAACUGCGUGGACUACAUGGGGCAAAAUGCACUGCAGCUGGCCGUGGGCAAUGAGCACCUAGAGGUCACAGAGCUGCUGCUCAAGAAAGAGAACCUGGCACGGGUGGGAGAUGCGCUGCUGCUGGCCAUCAGCAAGGGCUACGUGCGCAUCGUGGAGGCCAUCCUCAGCCACCCCGCCUUCGCACAGGGCCAGCGCCUGACGCUCAGCCCGCUGGAGCAGGAGCUGCGCGAUGACGACUUCUACGCCUAUGAUGAGGAUGGUACACGCUUCUCCCACGACAUCACGCCCAUCAUCCUGGCCGCCCACUGCCAGGAGUAUGAGAUCGUGCACAUCCUAUUACUCAAGGGGGCCCGCAUUGAGCGGCCCCACGACUACUUCUGCAAAUGCAACGAGUGCACCGAGAAGCAGCGGAAGGACUCCUUCAGCCACUCCCGCUCCCGCAUGAACGCCUACAAGGGACUGGCAAGUGCUGCCUACUUGUCCCUGUCCAGUGAAGACCCUGUCCUCACCGCCCUGGAGCUAAGCAACGAGUUAGCCAGACUAGCCAACAUUGAGACUGAAUUCAAGAACGAUUACAGGAAGUUAUCUAUGCAAUGCAAGGAUUUUGUGGUGGGAGUGCUGGACCUGUGCCGAGACACCGAAGAGGUGGAAGCGAUUUUAAAUGGUGAUGUGAACUUCCAAGUCUUGUCUGACCACCACCGACCGAGUCUGAGCCGGAUCAAACUCGCCAUUAAAUAUGAAGUCAAGAAGGUAAGCUUCUCCGCCCCUCCUGGCCUUUCUGCAUCACAGAACCACUGGCCUAGCUUUGUGCUCGUGCAUAUUUUAUGUUCCCACAAGAUGACAGCGACAAUACCAACUGCCCGACUUCUCUCUAGACGGGGAACAGCCAGCCUGCAGGACAGCUCAGAUCUAAGGGAUGGAGCUGACAGCUGCGUGGUUCCCAGGGUGGCCCUGCACAGCCAGGGAGAGGCACCGGAGCCCUGGUCCUCUGCAGGGGAGCUCAGCUCGCUGAGGGCUCCACAGUGGGUCUCAGCAGUGCCCCUCACCAGCCUGAGGGCUGGCCUGCCCCUGCACCCUGCCUGA